GUGAGUGGGAGAGAGAGAGAGAGAGAGAGAGAGACCGAGCCACUUCCCCGCCGCCUCUCUUUUCCCGCACAGAAAAUGUCCGGGCUGCAGAUCAACUUGGGACCCGUGAAGGAGCCGCUGGGCUUCAUCAAAGUCCUCGAGUGGAUUUUUGCCAUCUUUGCGUUUGCCACCUGUGGAGGUUACAGUGGAAAAACCUCUCUUAACCUCACCUGCGGCAAUGGCACAAACGCUUCUCUUCAAGCCAACUUUGCGUACCCUUUCAGGUUGCACCAGUCUUCGUUCGACAAUCCUUCAAGCCUGCAGUGUUCGAGAGUCUGGAACAUGACUUACUACCUGGUGGGAGACUUCUCCUCUCCUGCUCAAUUCUAUGUCACUUUUGCAGUCUUCGUGUUCCUGUACUGCAUGGCUGCCCUGGUGCUCUACGUGGGUUUCUUGCACUUGUAUCGGGGCACUGGUAAACUCCCCAUGCUUGACUUUGUUAUCACACUGGUCGUCUCUUUCCUGUGGCUGGUGAGCACAUCAGCCUGGGCAAAGGCCCUCACAGACAUCAAAACAUCCACCGGACAAAGCUUACUCGAACUUCAACCUUGCGUGAACACCAAAAGUCUAUGUCAAUUUAAUGACAUCAGAAGCUUGGGUUCCUUGAAUGUCUCUGUGGUCAUUGGUUUCCUCAACCUGAUCCUCUGGGCAGGGAACGCUUGGUUUGUCUACAAGGAAACCAACUUGCAUAACCCUCCGGCUGCCGCUCCUCCGACCCCAGGCAACCCCCCACCUCAUUCAGGGAUGUAAGGAGCAGGGAGAGCCAUCCGCUGUGGGGCACAACCUCUUGCUGGCAGGAUGGUCAUGGCAGCAGGUUGUUGUUGUUUUGUAAACCCCCCUCCUGAUAAGGCAAUUGAUGUGUGAAAAAUGGAUGGGUUUCUUUUUGUUGUUGUUGUUGUUGUUCUAAAACUUCUGUCUAAGAGGAAAGAAUGGAGAUCUCUGCUCAGCCCCGUGUGCAUCCAAACAGAUCGUGCUACUGUACUGAAGCUUAUUCUGUGCAUU